UUUAGUAAACCACAUCUCUUUAACUUUGUAACUCCCCUCAAGUUAUCUUUGGCCUUCCAUGUUCAAGUCUUUAAGCGCCGUCAAGUCCUCCGUCAAAACAUGACGCCGUUGAUUCUACAUUCCCCCUAUAACCGCCAACCUUAAACAACAGAACCAGCCUCUGUUCAUUUUCUUUUCUUUCUUUCUAAGGGACACAAGAAAACUGAGAGUCAUCAGAGCAAAAUGAAACCCUUUUGCAUAUUCUUGAUUCUUCUAACACUGUUUUCUCUCACAGAAUCAUCUUGCAACAGUGCAGGAGACCAGGCCCUGGUGUCAAAGGCUUUCAAAUCUGUCUCCGGCUUCAACAUCUCCACCUUGUUCCAAACCAGAGCUUCAAACUGUUCACACUCUCACAUCACCAAAAUAGUACUUCCAUCCAAGAAUCUAACCGGAACAAUCUCAUGGAGCUAUCUGAGAAACAUGUCCAAUUUGCAGGUCCUUGAUCUCUCUGGAAAUUCACUAGAAGGCCACAUCCCAAGCUGGUUUUGGUCAACUUUAUCCUUGUUCGAAGUAAACCUCUCAAGGAACAAGUUUGGAGGCAGCAUCAUCUCUAACCUGAAACCAAAAUCUUCAUCACAGGUUCAAAUGCUCAACCUCUCACACAACAGAUUCACCAACUGGGUUUUCCUCUCUGGCUUCACAAACGUCAAAACCCUCGACCUCUCUCACAACAACCUACGAACACUCCCCUACGGAUUCCAAAACCUCACCAAGCUUCAACACCUUAACCUCUCAAGCUGCAAUCUCCAAGACAACAUCAAAUCCAUCUCUUCCCUGCAUUCACUUCACUCCUUGGACUUAUCAAACAACACCUUAACCGGUUCCUUCCCUUCUGAUUUCCCUCCACUGAACACGCUCCAAUUCCUCAACAUCUCACUCAACAACUUCAACUCCUCUGUUCCCUUAAACAAGUUCAACAAAUUCAGCAAGUCAGCUUUCAUCCAAGCCGGUAACAACUUCACCUACGAUGUAAACUCUCCAACCCCACCACAAUUCCAAGCCAUUCAUUACAAAAAAUCCAAUCCAAAACGCAAGAGAUUGAUAAUUACAGUGUGCUCUGUUUUAUCAGCACUUGCUCUGUUUGCUCUGUUUAUCUGGGUACUCUGCAUUGUUAGAAAGAGGAGGAAACGUUGCAUGAAGAACAAAUGGGCAAUCUCGUUACCGGUUCGACCGGCCAUGACGAAGGUGGAGAAGAAAUCAGGGCCAUUCGCGUUUGAAACAGAGUCAGGGUCAACGUGGGUGGCUGAGAUCAAAGAACCGUCGUCUGCACCGGUGGUGAUGUUUGAGAAGCCGUUGAUGAGUUUCACAUUCAAGGACCUCAUCGUUGCCACGUCACACUUCGGGAAGGAGUCGCAGCUGGCGGAGGGAAGGGGUGGCGGGCCGGUGUACAGGGCGGUGCUGCCCGGUGACCUCCACGUGGCGAUCAAGGUGCUGGAACAUGCUAGGGACGUUGAUUGUGUUGACUCUGUGGCAAUGUUCGUUGACCUUGCUCAGCUCAAGCACCCUAACUUGUUACCUCUCUCCGGUUACUGCAUUGCAGGUAAGAAGAAGCUGGUGCUAUACGAGUUCAUGGCAAACGGCGAUUUAGGGAGGUGGCUCCACGAGCUUCCAACAGGAGACACUAACGUGGAGGAUUGGACUAGCGACACGUGGGAGAUUCAAAAUGGUGUAGUGGAAGAAUCCCCAGAAAAGAUGGGGUGGCUGACACGACACCGCAUCUCGGUGGGGAUAGCGCGUGGCCUCGCAUACCUCCACCACGGGCGAUCGAAGCCCGUGGUGCACGGCCACCUCGUCACCUCCAACAUCUUGCUUGCCGACGACUUUGAGCCCCGAGUUGCAGAUUUCGGGCUUCGGGAUGACUCGAGCCCGAAUGGAGGCACCGAGGCUGACGUAUACUGCUUUGGUGCAGUGUUGAUGGAGCUGCUGACAGGGAGAGUCAGCACGGCGGAGACGGUGGUUGCGGUCAAGAAAGCGGUGAGGGAUGAUGAUGGUGUUAGAGUUCUAGAUGAGAGGCUACAACUCGACGGCGAUGACUCAAUGUUGAGUCAAAUGGUGGAGAGCCUUCGAGUCGCGCUCUUGUGUACGGCUGAGUCACCUUCUAAGAGACCCACCAUGCAGCAGGUUUUGGGUUUGCUUAAAGACAUUCAUCCACCUCAUCAAUGACUCUAACCAAGUUGACUCAUGUUGAGUUUGACUCGUCGAAUACUUCAUAUUAGUAAGAUGAGUGUUAUCAAUAUUCUCUUUCCAAUAUUCUCUUGUUAAUUUGUUUAAAUUCACGUGAGUCUCAUGUUUUUAGUGGUUCUCACUUGAAUUUUAAUCGAUCGAGAGUGUUGUUGUGAGUUAUGUAUAAACUAUAGACUAAUUUUUUUUGGCAAAAUGGGAAAAAGAAAAUAUCAGAAAA